CCCUCCUCGCCUCUGGAAUCCAGAACUUUCGAGUUCGUUACGAUCACCAGUCAGCCAUCAGCAAUGACGACCAAUAGAACUUCCAAGCAAGUACGGACUCAAGCAAUGCGUGAUUAUCUCCGCAAACAAACCAAAGAGGCGAUUACAGGUGUCCCCGAAAUUUUGCCACCACCCGUGACUCUUGAAGAGCCUUCCCAGUAUAAGGGGAGGUUCAAGUUAAACAGUUGGACGCACAAGGCUAAGACGAAAUCGUUGAAUACUCGCAAAGCAAGGCCAGGAGAUGUAGAAGAUGGGGUAGUGAGCCAGGAAAUCGUUCUACAGAGAGGAAAUGGAGGGGUCGAGGAUCGAGAAUGGCAAGCGGUGAAUGCGGGGCGAUUGCCUAAUUCAGUAUUUUCUAUCAAUGGCCUUUUGGAUCCUUUUGAGACCCUUGCCAUACAGCUGGGACCAGACAGUGAAAAUCUACUCGUUCAUUAUUUGACUACAUACAACAUGAACUCCGUCGCAGUCAACCCAGAAGGAGAUUUCUUCUCCUACGUCAAAAUCGACCCUGCCUUAUUCCACUCCAUUCUCUACAUGGUCGCACUGCAUUAUGAUCUCAGAAAUGGAGUUCAAGACUCUGCUGUAUGCCUCUACCAUGGCGGUGAAGCAUUCAGGAUGGUAAACGAACGAUUAGCGGAUGUAAAUGGUGUAUUCAGUGACCAGACCAUUGGUGCAGUUGCGAUGCUUGUCAACAAAGAGAAUCUAAAUGGCCGAUAUGAGCUUUCGCAAAUUCAUAUGAAAGGACUUGAAAUGAUGAUCUGGAUGCGCGGAGGCAUCCAAUCCCUCAAAGGCGUCUUCCGGCGAAUCGUAACCUGGUGCGACUUCUGCUACUCCACAGUCUGGGACGCUGCACCCCUCUUCCCCCGUAUCCCGCCCGCCUCACCGCCUACUACGCUGUCCCUCCUCCUUCCCAUCCACUCUCCCAGUUGCCACAACCAAGACCAACUGAACCCCAAAAUCAUCUUCGGUCCAUCCUCGCGAGUCAUCUCAAUAAUCACCACCCUCCGCACCCUAUCCUCUUCCCUCGACCCAGCCAAUAUGUCGACUCUCAAUCGUCUGGAAGUAAGCAAGCAAAUCUACAACCUAGAAUACGACAUCUUACUUCUCAACACCUCGCUAGAUCUCCCGAAAGAAAUAUAUGCGUUAAAGAUUGCAGCCCAGUUAUAUCUCUGGCUUGUAAUCCGCGAGAUACCUCCCUCGUCGCAAAUUCUCAUUACCGUUGCUCAAAGGUUGCAGAACUCGCUUGGGCAAGAGGUGAUGGAAUGGUGGCUCGGGAGUUGGGAGAGAAGGGCGUGGCUUCUUUGGAUAUUCUUCAUUGGUGCGGUGGUUAGUAAUGGAAGGGCAGAGAGGCUUUGGUUUAUCCAAGAGCUGGGGAAGCUGUGUAGGCUUGCAGGAGUAUGUGAGAUUGAAGGGAGUGGUGGGUUGAGGGAAUGUCUUGGCAGGGUGGUGCUGCAGGAUAUUUUCUUCGAAUUCCACUUGAGGGCUGUUUGGGAGGAUAUCAUUCUACCUUGGGAAGUGGACGGGCAGCUCAACGCGGGGGCUUUUGUAGGGAAUUUUGAGGAUGAGAUGUGAAAUUAGGAAGUUCAAUCGAGAGUGUUAAAUGAUUGGAGGGGUUCGACGCCAAACUUUACAUGCUUUGUCCUUUGUAUUCUCACGAUACCCUACUGUCCCUUUUCUCUCGCCUCGUUUUUGCAUUUACAACGACUCACUUGUGCUUCAGCUAGCUUUAUUGCCCCCUGUUCUUGCCCCUUAUUUUGGCCCCUUUUCCUGCUCCGCAUUCUCGAACUAUUUUUGAACCCCGAGGGCU